AUGAGUGCCAGUGACCUUCAGGCGCUUCUGCGCUUCCUCUUCCAAGAUGCCAAAGUCCCACUGGCGUCUGCCAUGGGCAAGGUCAAGGAUCUCCAGAAGGCCAAUCUUGACUCUCCAGAGAAGCUCGCCAAGGCAAAGGCAGACCAGUUGAAACCAAUAUUCGAAGACGACAAAGUCACUAAGCAGAUUAUUGCCGCUGCCAAACGCGUGUCGAAGAAGCGUGCCGCUGGCGACGAUGGAGCUCCUACUCCCAAGAAGAAAAAGAAUGAGAGUCUCUUCUCCGAUGAACCACUCUCGCCUGCCCAACUGGAGGAGUCUUUGAAGUUGCCAUACAGUGACUUGGACGAGGAGGAUCUGUCAAAGACUGUCUUGUUCACGAAUCGGGCGCCUCUUGUGCUGGCAUUUCUCGUGAUUCUGCUGAAGCAUACAAUGCCAGAGCAACCGCUCUCGAGUCGACUGAGUCUGGCGCAAGCAUAUGUCAGCAUCACCAGUAGGUCGAGAGCCGUCUAUCUGGGCAUUGAGAACGGUAAGAGUGCCGAAGAAGAGGGAUUUGGCGAGGGGCAGCCAGUGGUGAAUGUGGGAGGCAAAGAGAUCAAGGUGUUGCGAAGAUGGGGUUACGAGUGGAAGCAGGAGUCGACUACCCAGAACGAGGAGCAGCAAGCAGACGAUGGCGGAGAAGAAAAACCAGCCUUGUGGGCACUGGACCUGGAAGCUCUCAAGAAAUCUGGCAACGAAAAACAGCCCGCUGCUACAGCGGUUGGCGUACACAGCAACAUUCCCAUUUACACGCCACAAUCAGCUCGAUCCUAUCUGCUGAAAGCCUUCGACAAUCCUCAAAAUGACGGCACAUCGUCGAAGAAGCAGUCAGCUGCGGCAAAAGCAGCCCAGAAAGAGCAGAAUCUGGGCAAGCUGUUGCAUUCGCUUGAUUUGCUCUACGACGCCUGGGCCAAACAACUUUCACCCGAUGAACUUGAUGGCCGGACUUGGAACUGGUAUGUCAAAGUGAGACCGUCUGUCGAGGACGGCGUUGCUGGUUGGGGUGGCAAGAAUGAGCUGAGACUUGCCGACAUACUGGAGCUACGCCCGAAAACAUGA